UACAAAACUGUCUAGUUUUAAUUAUUUUAUAUAAAAAUAAAGCACUUUCCAAACCUUAAAAUCAAGACAUUUCCAAUUAUUUUAAGAACCCUGAUGCAAGUAAAACUAUAUUUGUUACAAGAAAGUAGCAUAUCUGCCAGCUAAAGGUUACUCUGUACUCAUCAACGGUGGCUACACAUUUUUCCAUACAGGAAAUUAAGUUACACAUUUGUCAUAACAAAGAGGCCUUUCAUUGUAAAUCUUGGCCAAACCAAACUUUUCCAGUGAACGCUCCAGCAGAGGGCAGUCGGAGGAUAAACGGAGAACGUCUGGGUGUGGCUGCCUUAACGUUUGCAAGGUAAAUGCUCUCUGUUUGGUCUCUGGGGUGGGUGUCGCUCAUACAGACAGAAAAACUGGCUUUACACAAAUAUGUGCUCCUGUGCAAGAAGAGAAAAAAGGUCUAAUCAAAAGAGGUAAAAAGCAAAAAGAAAAACGCAAUAACCCUCAUAUUGUGUCAGAAGCAAGUUUUCAGCCUGGACCAUUAAAACAACAUAAAACAGAAACAAAAAGUGAGUUAAAUAAACUUCAACUUAAACUACUGGGAGUUGCGUUUUCAGCUCAUGACCUCAGCCCCUCAGCAGAUCCUCCCUGCAGCACUAAAUCUCACAUCGCCGUGCAGGAAUGCACCGCCAGACACUGUUGCUUCAGCAAGAAUCUUUACACACAGUUUACAGUCGCUCACAGCCGAAACUAAACCGGCUGCAAGCAGGAAUAUGGAUCAAACUAAACCGGCUGCAAGCAGGAAGAUCGCUCAAACUAAACCGGCUGCAAGCAGGAAGAUCGAUCAAACUAAACCGGCUGCAAGCAGGAAGAUCGAUCAAACUAAACCACUGCAAGCAGGAAGAUCGAUCAAACUAAACCGACUGCAAGCAGGAAUAUGGAUCAAACUAAACCGGCUGCAAGCAGGAAUAUGGAUCAAACUAAACCGGCUGCAAGCAGGAAGAUCGAUCAAACUAAACCGGCUGCAAGCAGGAAUAUGGAUCAAACUAAACCGGCUGCAAGCAGGAAUAUAGAUCAAACUAAACCGGCUGCAAGCAGGAAUAUGGAUCAAACUAAACCGGCUGCAAGCAGGAAUAUAGAUCAAACUAAACCGGCUGCAAGCAGGAAUAUGGAUCAAACUAAACCGGCUGCAAGCAGGAAUAUGGAUCAAACUAAACCGGCUGCAAGCAGGAAUAUAGAUCAAACUAAACCGGCUGCAAGCAGGAAUAUGGAUCAAACUAAACCGGCUGCAAGCAGGAAUAUAGAUCAAACUAAACCGGCUGCAAGCAGGAAUAUAGAUCAAACUAAACCGGCUGCAAGCAGGAAUAUGGAUCAAACUAAACCGGCUGCAAGCAGGAAUAUGGAUCAAACUAAACCGGCUGCAAGCAGGAAGAUCGAUCAAACUAAACCGGCUGCAAGCAGGAAUAUGGAUCAAGAGUUUUACAGAAUAAACAAUCAAAAAAGGACAAAAAACAGGCUAGGCAGACCAAUUUCUCAAAACUAUUUUGCACUGGAACGGUCUUCAAGCAGCUCACAGACACAUUCAUACAUGGAUUGGUGGUCAGAUUUAGCACCAGUGCGUUGCUCAAAGGAACAUCGACAAUCAGCAGAGGACGAAACAAACUUCUCAACUGCAAGACUUUUCCACUGGACUAAAACCAGAAACCCAGCAGGCCGUCCAUUUUUAUAUUCUGUGAGCAGAAACCUGCGGGACUCGGUGUGGCAGCGAAGGCAACGCAGCGAAGGCAACGCAGCGAAGGCAACGCAGCGAAGGCAACGCAACGAAGGCACCGCAGCGACAGACGAGUGGAUUAGUCAGAAUAAAUGUGCUGAUUUUUAAAGCGCCGCUGAAUCGAUUUAUAAACAGAAACGUGGGCAGCUGCUCUUCAUUUGCAACUUUUCACAUGCAGUCUGUUCCCAUCUGUGACUGAAACAGACCAGAGAAGAAGAAGAAGCUCAAACACAACAAAUGUCCUGAAAUGUUAAAGGAAACAGCAGUUUUAUUUCAGCAGCUCUAAACUGCAAAAACACAAAACAUUACCAAGGAUUUUUAGUCAACGUUUAGUGUAAAGAUCUCAGUGCAUUUGAAAUAAGACAAAAAUAACUUACAUGUAACUUUUCAGCAAAAUAUAGAAUACUGUUAUAAGUAAAUAAUUACCUAAUAUUAAUUUUAAAAAAGUGCUAAACAUAAGUGAAGUAGAUUGGAACAAGACAACAGAGUUUACAACAGAAUAUUAAGGACGAGUUAAGAAAAUAAAAUAAUAAAAUUAGAAUAAUAAAGUCACAUAAUGGGAAAAAUAAUUAAAUAAUGUGAGAACAGACAAAAAUUUUUACUUUAUUCUC